UUCUAUUAAAGCGUCUUUUCCGCGUUUAGGCUGUGUUUCUCUGAAAUUAUGCUAUAAAAUGCGUUAAAUAAUGUAAAUUCAGUGUGCAUCAUCAAAUCGACGUGCCGGACGUUAGUACUGAUUGUUUUUACGGUGUGAAUUUGAGUGAAAGUUGUCAUUUUCAAGAUGACUACAACAACGGUCCAAAACCAGCCGAAAACUAACUCAACCACGCCAGGGAAGCCUCAAAAGAACUAUGGCAAGAUUAUACUCACGUUACACAACUGCCUUUUACCGGAAACUGCUUUCAAAGAGACGCCGUCACAAUCCGACGGCCUCGAUAUAGAAACCGAGACAGAUCUUCGAAUUCUUGGUUGUGAACUCAUACAAACAGCUGGAAUCUUGCUCAAACUCCCUCAAGUUGCAAUGGCAACUGGUCAAAUCUAUUUACAAAGGUUUUAUUACUCUAAAUCUUUCGUCCGUUACCCUAUGGAAACUAUGGCGAUGGGAAGUAUCUAUUUAGCCUCAAAAGUUGAAGAGAAACCUUGUAGAAUACGUGAUGUCAUAAAUGUGUUCCAUCAUAUCAAGCAAGUGAGAGCACAGAAGCCCAUAACACCACUAAUUGUGGACCAGAACUACAUAGAAUUGAAGAAUCAAGUGAUUAAAGCAGAACGGAGAAUUCUCAAGGAAUUGGGAUUCUGUGUGCAUGUAAAACAUCCUCAUAAACUCAUUGUAGUCUACCUUCAAUUACUGCAGUACGAAAAGAACCGUCAACUAAUGCAAAUGGCAUGGAAUUACAUGAAUGAUGCACUCCGUACUGAUGUUUUUAUGAGAUUUCCUCCAGAAACUAUAGCUUGUGCUUGCAUUUAUCUUACAGCUCGUAGGAUUGGCUUGCCAUUGCCAAAUAAUCCGCAUUGGUUUUUAUUAUGCAAAGUGACAGAAGAAGAUAUAAGAGAAGUUUGCUUCCGAAUUUUACAGCUGUACAAACGUACAAAAGUGAACCCUGAAGAACUGGAAUGCAAAGUAGAUAUGCUAAAAAAGGUCUAUCAAGCUAAUAAGCAGAAACAAGCUCAGCAGGAUAGGGAGAAUGCUAAAGCUGAGGAAAAGAAGGCAGAAUCACCAACUGCAUCUACAUCAAAAGAUUCGAAAAGAGAUACAAAGAAAGAUAAGUCCCCUAAAACCCCUCCAUUAUCAUCUAAAUAUCAUAGUACACAUAAAAAUAAAAGGGAAAGACGAUCACGAUCACCUUAUGACCGUAAAAGAGAAUACCCAACUAAAAGACACAAGUCUCGUUCAAGAGACAGAGAGAUUGAUCGUUCCAGGGAACGUUCCAGAGUGGAUGAUAAACGCAGUCGUGUAUCAAGGAAAUAUGAUGACUAUGAACGGUCUAAGUCUAGUAGAGAUAGUCGGGAAGAGAAAAGAAAGCAUUAGACUUUAGUAGAUUUAACAUUAUUUGAAUAUAA